AGUUGGGUCCUGCCAGAACCGCAUUGUCACACUCCUGCAUUUGUGUUAGCCAGGCUGCAGGGUGGUAUCAAUCCAAGCCGCUCUGCUUCCUUCGCUGGUCCUGGGGCAGUGUUGAUGGGGGCCAGCUAGGGGCUGCAGCCUUCCACUGGCUUCCCUCUUCGCCGACCCCCUGCUAAAGGUGCAGGGGGGGCGGCUCCGGCAGGUGAUGCGCCCUGCCGCUUGACAGCCGCAUCUGCAGCCAAGGACGACAGCAGGUUGGCGGGGCCGGGGCGAGGCGGCCUCAUGCUGGCGCAGAGUCUCUCUGGGUGAGCAGCAGCAGGAGGAGGAGGCGGCGGGGUUUCUCUGAACCAUUUAAAUCAAGGCUGGAGCCAGCCCUGGCAACCGGCUCGCGACGGAAGCAACGUUACGCUGCGGGGACGCAUUUUUAAUCAACCCCCUGCUCCGAUUUCGGUGCAGCCGCCGCGGGCUGCUCGCCCAGCUCCUGCCAGGCCCUGCGCCCCCUGUGCAGCCCGGCCCGGGCAUGGAGAGCAAGCGCUGCUUCGCCAACCGCUUCGAUGACUACGCGGGCAGCCUGCCGGCCGGGCAGCACCACGAGGCGGUGGUGCCCUGGGUGGCCGCCACCAUCGAGCGCAUCCUGCAGCAGGUGCCCCCGCUGGAGGGCGGCCUUGCGGCGGCGGCGGGGGGCGGCCUGUACGGCGGGCUGGCCGGGGUGGCCUACAUGCUGUACCACGCCGCGCGCUGCCCGCUCCUGGCCCCGGCCCGGGACACCUACCUGCGGGCGGCCCGGCGCCUCAUCGACGCCUGCGUGCGCUACGAGGAGGAGUGGGGCGAGCCGGACGCCGACACGCGGGCCGCCUUCCUGCUCGGCGGGGCCGGGGUCUACGCGGUGGCCGCGCUGGUCUACCAAGCCCUGGGGCUGCCCGACUUCGGCCGGCUGCUGGGCCGGUUCCGGGAGCUGAGCCAGAUCUGCGCCCCCGUCACCUUCCUGGAGUGCGGCUCCGACGAGCUCUUCGUGGGCCGGGCCGGCUACCUGUGCGCCGCCCUGGUGCUGAAGCAGAAGCUGGGCAUGGAGAUGUUGACCCCAGUGCAGAUCAGAUCAAUUUGCCAGGCUAUAUUAGAAUCUGGGAAGCAGUAUGCUGUGAAGAAGAGGAAACCAUGCCCACUCAUGUACUCUUAUUAUGGAACAGAAUACCUUGGUGCAGCCCAUGGCCUUUCAUCCAUCCUUCAGAUGCUGCUGUCCUAUUACGAGUACCUUCAGCCUGCAGAUAAGGAGCUUGUAUGGCAGAGCAUUGACUUUCUUAUGGACCAAGAACAGAACAGCAACUGGCCUCCUGAACUGGGAGAGACAAUUGAGCGGGAGAGUGAGCUUGUGCACUGGUGUCAUGGAGCUCCAGGUAUUGCAUACCUGUUUGCAAAAGCUUAUCUGAUUUCCAAGAAGCCCCAGUAUCUGGACACUUGUAUCCGCUGUGGGGAACUGACAUGGCAGAAGGGCCUGCUGAAGAAGGGACCUGGAAUUUGCCAUGGAGUGGCUGGUAGUGCCUAUGUGUUCCUACUCCUAUAUAGGCUUACUGGAAACUCUAAAUAUAUCUAUAGAGCACAAAGGUUUGCAGAGUUCUUAUUUACAGAAGAAUUUAAGGCUGGUUCCCGAGCAUUAGAAAACAUAUAUAGUCUGUAUGAAGGCUUCUCGGGGACUGUGUGUUUCCUGAUUGACUUGCUGCAGCCCAACCAGGCCGAAUUCCCUCUCUUCAGUGUCUUUGUCUAGAGAAGGAUGUUCUCCAGUGACAUAUUGGAACAGCCAUGCACAGGGCACCCGCAGUUUCACUUAUCUGUAAAGGGAGGCUAUUUACAAAAUAAGCCACAUUCAGUGGUACCACUAAUGCUAGCCUUAAUUUUGCGGGGGUGGGUCAGGAAAAAGCCUAAAUAUACUGGGGUUUGGAGAGGGACGUAUGUGGUUUUAAAAAAAUUAACAGUUCAAAAAUAAAAGAGAAUGAAGUGGUUUUUCAAAAUUGAAUGGACAGAAAUUGGGCUGUACUAAGCAAAGUAACGUCUUCUGAUUAUUCAAAUGAGAGUGAAAGAGGUGUUAACAAUCUAACAUGAUGGUCAUACAGAAAAACAAAAUGGAAAUCAGAACAGUAGGGACAUGCAAGGGAAAUAAAAUGAUUAAUCCAAUGAGUUUAAAAAGAGAUCCAUAAAAUGCAACCUUAUACAGCUAUGCUCUUGUAGGUGACACAGGUCACUAAAGUCUGAAAAGGCAAAAUCUGGGAUUUCUUAAUUAAACAUUUCUUAGUACUAGUACCACCUUUCCUAGAAGUACCUAUAUGUUGGAAUCUUUUCAUUGUCAUAUGCAUAUAAUAGCAGUUAUACAGCUACAUUCUGUCUUUAAUUGCACAUGUACCACAUUACUAUUGCAGUCAGUGGGGUUUCAUGUAUGUAUUCAUGAAUUUGACCAUGAGUUUCAAAACUGUGUGUGUGGUAAGAAACACUAAUCCCUAUCAUCACCUUACGGUAUAGUAGUAGUACUCCAUCUUUUUAUAAAUAUUUUUCUUUCAUGAAGAUCAACAGAAGGCAUGUAGAAGACUUGGAUCACUAAAUUCUGUAGCAAAGGUCUUAGACAAGGUGUGUGAGGUAAUGGUUUUUAUUGGACCAACUUCAGGUCAGACUUGAAGAAGAGCUCAAAAGCUUGUCUCUCUCACCAACAGAACUUGGUCCAAUAAAAGAUAUUAUCUCAUCCACUUUAUCUCUCUAAUAUCCUCUGGCCAACAUAGCUACAACAAACUGCAAAUAGAAAGGAUAUAGAAGUCAAGUGCUAUUCUCACAGUAUCAGAUACUAGGUAAUAUUGCUUAUUGCUAUCAUCGAAAAAACUGCCUUUUAAUCCAUUAUUUGAAGUGUAGCAUAUAUAUGGAGAUUGAAAAAGUGAUCGACAAAAUAAUUUCCUGAUGAAAUGGGGUGAUACACUUUAGAGAUACAAAUUGUAUGCAGACCUUUGAUUUAACCCUGAAUACUGGGCUUAGGAGAAGGCUGAUAAAAAGUUUAAAACUAAAGCCACUUAUUUCUCUGGUUAACAAAGUAAUGUUGCUAAUGUACCACACAAGGUAUUGUACUUGCCCAAAUGAUUUGUGGCUAUUGAGAUCUAUGGUCAGUCCAGUAACACUGCACUAGCAUGGAUAGGUAGAAAUUGUAUUUAUUUAUAUAUAUAUAUAUAAAGAGAGAGAGAGAGAGAGAGAGAGAGACUAUUUGAAACUGAAACAAAAUGCAAAUGUAGAUUUGUUAAACUACUGUAGCAGCAAAUGCCUGUAUUUACAAUA